GAGCUCAUCUCUGCCGAGGAAGCAUGUGAUUUAGUCAGAGCCAAUCAUAAGGUGUGAAUUUCCGCGGUAUUAUGGAAUAUCCAAUCAGAACCAUUACAAUCCUAUUGCCGCCAACUCAAAUUGUAAUUAUCUUUCUGGAUUUUUCAGGGUCUUUCAGACAAUCAUGGGCGAUUACAUCAAAUCUUUUCAUUCGCCAGACGAGUUUCGUUCUUGAACUUAGUUUCGUUGACUAGAUCGACAACACAGGAGAAAAAAUGGGAUCUUUUUUCAUCUCUCCACUUAUAUAACUCCUCUACAAGCUUGUGGUAUUCGUGGUUUUGUGUCGAUCAAGUAAGGAAGAACUUGACUAAUAAUGGCGUCCAUUGAGACAGGCUUAACGCAUGCUUGCGGCGUUUUCGCUUGUGUAAGAGCUGAAGGAGUUACUUCAGAGGAAGUUGAUGUCGCCAGUAUGAUUUCUCUCGGUCUAGUUUCACUUCAACAUCGGGGCCAAGAAAGUUGUGGAAUAGUGACAAAUGAUGGCAAAAAGUUCCAUCAGCAUAAAGGAAUGGGACUAGUGAACCAGGUCUUCCAGGAACAGCACAUAAAAUCACUCCCAGGAUAUAUGGGUAUUGGACACACACGCUACUCAACUGCAGGGGCAUCAGAACUCCUUAACUGUCAACCAUUUGUAGUAGACACAAUUCAUGGACGUAUGGCUGUUGGACACAAUGGGGAACUGGUGAAUGCUAAAGCAUUGCGAAAAAAGGUUCUCCUCAAUGGAACUGGUCUAUCAACAGGAAGUGACAGCGAAGUAAUUACACAGCUGUUGACGGCUACACCUCCAUGUGGAGAACCUGAUGGUCCAAACUGGCCUGGAAGAAUUUACGAAAUGAUGCAACUCACACAGCUGGCUUACUCGCUUGUCAUCAUGACCCAAGACUGUAUAUAUGCUGUCAGGGACCCUCAUGGAAAUCGACCACUGUGUAUUGGUAAACUGAUGAAUUUGAAUAGUAGCCCACAGAUGGCACGUCUUGGUGGAGAAAUUAUCCAGAAUGGAGAGAUUCAUGAUGAAAACUGUACACUAGGUUGGGUGGUGUCUUCGGAAUCCUGUGGUUUCCACUCGUUUGGGGCUUCUAUGUGCAGAGAAAUCAAGCCUGGUGAAAUUGUGGAGUUAACAGCAAAAGGUUUUGAGUCAAAGAGAAUUGUUCCACUUCAAAACCCAGAAAAACCACCGUCAUUCUGCAUUUUUGAGUAUGUGUACUUUGCACGACCAGACAGCAUGUUUGAGGGACAGAUGGUCUAUGGUGUGCGACAGGAAUGUGGCAGGCAGCUAGCUCUAGAAGCCCCUGUGGAAGCAGAGCUAGUCAGCACUGUACCAGAGUCAGCCACUCCUGCAGCAUUGGGUUACUCCUUACAGACUGGCAUACCUUAUGUUGAGGUACUCACCAAAAAUCGUUAUGUAGGACGGACAUUUAUACAGCCUAGUGACAGGCUUCGGAAGCUUGGUGUUGCCAGGAAAUUUGGACCACUGUCAAUGAAUUUCAAGGGAAAGAGGGUUGUGCUGAUUGAUGAUUCCAUUGUAAGGGGAAACACAAUGGGCCCUAUAAUCAAACUCUUGAAACAGGCAGGAGCUAGAGAGGUUCAUAUCCGUGUGGCAUCACCACCAGUCAAGUAUCCCUGUUACAUGGGAAUCAACAUUCCAACAAAGGAAGAACUGAUUGCAAAUAAGAUGCAUGCAGAGGAACUAGCAGAACAUUUGGGAGCUGACAGUUUGGUUUACUUGAGUUUAGAUGGCCUUGAGACAGCUGUGCGCUCUGGUAUAGUCAAUCCUGCUGGUGAGAAAAUUGGCCACUGUACAGCCUGCUUGAGUGGACAGUAUCCAGUUGAUGUGCUGGAUUGGUGAAUAAUGCCUAGAGCAGAAAUAUAUUAGUGCAACCAAGCUCUGUCUGAAGCUUGUAUAAGUUAUUGAGUGUUUUUCUACCAAGAUACCCUGAUUAGGGGAUCAAACCUUGACUAAGGUUGAUAGGGUGAACAUAAAAUCACUUACUGUACUAGAAGCAAGAGAAUAUAUUCAACAUAAAGCCAAUCUUAAAGUCACCAUGAACUGCAGACUAGCUAACAACAAACUGAACCAUUAAUAUAUAAAUACCUAGCUAAAAGCCAAAUGUUAAUGAUAACUCUCAGCAAUAGUUGGUUAAUUGUAGACAGUUCCUCUCUGCAAGGCUAAUGCUGUUAAAAGCCAAACUGCUAAUGCAACCUUUUUGGCUGUGACUCAGGCUUGGAAGAGACAGUUAAAAUAUUUUAUCAGUUAACAGCCUUGUAGCAGGAAUUUUGUGGACUAGGCAUUCCUUAGAUCAUACAUGUAAGCCAGGAAACCUAGUCCUGGAUUACUUUGUAUGAGCAGUGUAAUUUAUUCCUUUAUAUCAGUA